UGACAAAGAGGUAACAAUGAAUACCCCAACCGCCCACAGCACCCCGUUGACUGCAAAAAGUACCGGUCAACCACAUCUAAACC